AUGAACGAUCCACUCGAGGUCAAGCCUCUGAGCAGCCGCCCUCGACCUGCUCGAAACGGAAAAAAGGAUGAGCUGCCGGAUCUGUACCACUCUGGGGGGUUCUGGAAUGACCUCAAGACGGGAAAGUGGAUGCUGAUACCCUCCUCCUCCUUCAAGCUCAUGCUCGUUGCCCCCUUCCUGUACUAUCAGCACGAGAUCCUCCAACACUUUGGUGUGUUUGACUCGGCGCUGCCCAACGUAUUUAAGCACUUUGUGUUCAUCUCGAACAAGCUGCCAGAUGGGCGAUAUGGCAAGUCGUGGUGGGACCUUGCGUUCUUGGCCAACUACAUCAUCUUCUGGAGCUUUGUCCGGCAGUUUAUGACGCUCAAUGUUCUCCGUCCUAUGGCCAAGUCGCUCGGUAUCAAGGGCAACAAGAUCAUGAGGUUCACCGAGCAGGGCUACGCGUUCUUCUACUUUGGCAUUCUCGGCACUCUCGGCGUCUACGUUAUGAGCAGCCUUCCUAUCUGGUGGUACCAAACCGAGCACUUCUGGCUCGAAUAUCCUCACCGACAAAUGACCUGGGAGCUCAAAACCUACUAUCUUAUGCAGGCCGCUUACUGGCUCCAGCAAACGAUCCUGUUGGCUGGCAAGAUUGAGAAGCCGAGGAAAGAUUUCAAGGAGCUUGUUGCGCACCACAUCGUGACGCUCUGGUUGGUUGGAUGGAGUUACAAUAUCUACUUGACAUAUAUUGGUGUCGCUGUGUUUGUGACCAUGGACGUGUCCGACAUCUUCCUUGCUCUUGCCAAAUGUGUCAACUACGUAUCCGACUUCUGGUCGGUGCCCGUUUUUGCUUGGUUCAUUGGGGUCUGGUCAUACUUCCGCCACUACCUCAACAUUAUCAUCCUCUAUUCCGUCUGGGCUCAGUUCGAGCUCAUUCCUUGGAAAGAGCGUCAGGGCUUUGACCCCUUAAACGACACUUUCAUGGUCGGGUGGAUGAAGUGGCAGAUCUUUGUCCCCAUCUUUUUGCUCCAGCUCAUUAACCUUUUCUGGUACUUUUUGAUCUGGAGAAUCCUUUUCAGAACCAUCUUUGGCGAGCAGCUCAAGGAUGAGAGGUCAGAUGAUGAGGACGAAGAAGAGGAGGAGGUCAGGGAGAAGGCCGAGUAG